AGAAGAAAAGAAAAAAGAGAACUUUCGCAUGUUUUAAAUCUUGUGGUGCCCAACUUUCGCAAAAGCUUGUGAUGCCCAACUAAGAAGCAUCAGGACCUCGAGGAGAAGAGCAAUGCUAGAUCUAAAAACCAAAAGAAACAGUUUGGAACUUUAGAUAGUGCUCCAGAGCUCAAGAAUAAAUCACAGAAGAAAACCAAAGGACAAGUUCUCGACUUUCACUUUUGCCACGUCACGUGCCACGCCAGCACCACUAUAUUUCCGCGAAUAUGCUCCCCUAGGGCUCUUAUUCGCUCGCGAAGAGAGAGAGAGAGAGAGAGGGAGAGAGCGAAGAGAGAGAAAAAGGAAGAAAAGAGGGGGAGAGAAGGGGGAGGGACGAGCACCAUACCAUGGCUGUGGAGCUCCAGAUCCAAAGCACUAGUAGCAGCGCUCGCCGCCUCCCCGAUUUCCUCCAGGGCGUCAAUCUCAAGUACGUGAAGCUGGGCUACCACUACCUCAUCACUCACCUCCUCACUCUCCUCCUCGUCCCGCUCCUCCUCGCCGUCCUCCUCGAGGCCACUCGCCUCGGCCCCGACCAGAUCCUCCACCUCUGCCGCCACCUCCAGCUCAAUCUCCUCAGCGUCCUCCUCUGCUCCGCAUUGCUCGUCUUCGCCGCCACCGCCUACGCCAUCUCCCGCCCCCGCCCCGUCUUCCUCCUCGACUUCUCCUGCUACCUCCCGCCCCCCCACCUCGAGGUCAAGUUCCAGCGCUUCAUGGAGCACUCGCGCCUCUCGGGCCACUUCGACGAUCGCAGCCUCGACUUCCAGCGCAAGAUCCUCUCGCGCGCCGGGCUGGGCGAGGAGACGUACCUCCCGGCGGCGCUGCACGAGCUCCCCUCGCGCGCGUGUAUGGCCACUGCCCGCCUCGAGGCCGAGGAGGUGAUGUUUGGAGCCGUGGACGAGCUCCUCCAGCGCACCGGGAUCCGGCCCAAGGACAUCGGCGUGCUCGUCGUCAAUUGCAGCCUCUUCAAUCCCACGCCUUCCCUGUCAGCCAUGAUCAUCAAUCGCUACAAGAUGCGAGGGAACGUCAAGAGCUACAACCUCGGCGGGAUGGGCUGUAGCGCCGGCGUCAUCGCUGUGGAUCUGGCCAGGGACAUCCUCCAGGUGGAGCGGAGAACGUACGCGCUGGUGGUGAGCACCGAGAACGUCACCCAGAACUGGUACUCCGGCAACCAGCGCAGCAUGCUCAUCCCGAACUGCCUCUUCCGGAUGGGUGGCGCCGCGCUGCUGCUCACGAAUCGCCGCGCCAAGAGGCACCGAGCGAAGUACGAGCUCGUCCACACUGUAAGAACGCACAAGGGAGCCGACGAUAAGUGCUAUGGAUGUGUUUACCAGGAGCAAGAUGGCGAUGGAAAGAUGGGAGUCUCGCUGUCCAAGGAGCUCAUGGCCAUCGCCGGGGACGCUCUCAAGACCAACAUCACGACGCUGGGCCCGCUGGUACUGCCGCUGUCCGAGCAGAUCAUCUUCUUCGUGGUGCUCGUCCUGCGGAAGCUCACCAAGCGUAAGAACCGGUUCAAGACUUACAUACCCGACUUCAAGCUGGCGUUCGAGCACUUUUGCAUCCACGCCGGCGGCCGGGCCGUGAUCGACGAGCUGGAGAAGAACCUGCAGCUGACGGAGCGUCAUGUGGAGGCGUCGAGGAUGACGCUGCACAGAUUCGGAAACACGUCGUCGUCGUCGAUAUGGUACGAGCUUGCGUACCUCGAGGCGAAAGGCCGGGUGAAGCGGGGCGACCGGGUGUGGCAGAUUGCGUUUGGGAGUGGGUUCAAGUGUAACAGCGCCGUGUGGAGGGCGUUGCGGAGCAUCAAGCCGCCGAGCCACGGGCCGUGGGAGGACUGCAUUGACAAAUACCCGGUACGCAUUCCAGACGCUGUCGAAAUUUGAGUCCCUGGAACAACAGACACUCACGUAUAAGUAUACAUAAACUUUGAUCUCUUCUUACUCUGCUCUUGUACCACCACCAGCUUUUUACGAGCGAUUUUUGAAUGAAACCAACCAUUCGUUUGA